AUGAGUCUGAGGAAGCAAACACCGAGUGAUUUUUUGAAGCAGAUCAUCGGCAGACCUGUGGUUGUCAAACUGAACUCUGGAGUGGAUUACAGAGGAGUUCUGGCCUGUCUUGAUGGCUACAUGAACAUCGCCAUAGAGCAGACGGAGGAGUAUGUGAAUGGCCAGCUCAAGAAUAAAUAUGGAGAUGCUUUUCUGAGAGGAAACAAUGUUCUCUACAUCAGCACCCAGAAGAGGAAAGUUUAG